CGACCAAAGAGAUUCACUUCCACACGAGUGCAUUUAACUGGAGGGAGAAGCCGUGGAUUUACUUAAAAGCGGCAAAUGUUUUUGCAGUCAUUUUAAGUAAAUAAAUCGUACCACUGCAAUUAAGUCGACAAACAUGGGUUCUCUGUUACCAACACUUGCGAUCAUUAUUGGCCUCUUGAACAUCGUAAGUUGCGAUACCAACUGCGACACGCUAGGAAUUCUGCUUUACGAGGACCUGGGUUGUAAGCCGGUUAAAACGGAGGGACAAGAUUGUCCGGAAAAAUUCGAAUGCGACUUGGUGAAAGCGAAUCAAACCGCUUGCAUGUUUAAGGGUCGAACCCUGAAUGAUGGCGAUGAAGUGGACACGGACCUCACUUAUUCUUCCUGCAACGUCGGAUGUCACUGCAGAUCGGGAGAAUUUACAUGUGCCAUCCUGGACUGUCCCGAAUGGCUCGGACUGAGAGCCGAACCGAACUGUUAUCUUAAACAUGAACUUGGAAAAUGUUGUUCUACCGGGCAAAUUUGCUCGCCACCUGCAGACGUACAAAAAUGCAAGCUUUCGGACACAGAAUCUUACAACGUUGGACAACAAUUUUCUCCCAGGGAUACCUGCUUGAGCUGCGUUUGUCCUGAAAAUUUUAGCGGGAAACUGGACGAGAAGGCGUGUGCCAGGAGAAACUGCGCAGCGCAGUUGCGUCACAGCGCAGACAUCGAAGCCAACUGUGCUCCCGCGUACUUUAAAUAUGGCGGCAAUACUCUUUGCUGUCCCGAUGCCUGGCUAUGUCCUUCCACAUCAGAUAAGAUCGAAGUGGUGAAUUCCGAUGCUGCUAAAGGUACAGGCUUGGAGUGCAAUUACGGUAACCAAAAGAUAAACUUGGGAGAGGGAUUCCAUAGAAAAAUCAAUCAGUACGGACAAGACCGAGAUAUCCAGUGCGAAUGUAGUUUGCCACCACUGCUGACAUGCAAAGAAAAAUAAAAACCCACAGAAAUUUAACCAAUAAA